AUGUCCCGCCGAACUCUUACCGAAGCUGAGCAGCAGUAUUUACUCAGGAGACUCAUCCGCGCAAACAGCAAAAACUCGGAUUUCAAGCUGCGUCCCCCUGCGAAGAUGCUCGCCGCGAUGGAGGCGGAGGCUGCCAACAGCACUGAGGCGGAGGACGAGACCAAACGCGGCAGCUCCUCCGGAACCUCGACUGCGUCGAGCGUUCCUCCCGAUCCGAAGAGCCCUCCUGCUCAACAGCAGCAGAUGCAGAAGUCCAAGAGCCCCGCGGCUGGCAGCCCUGAAGAGGAACAGCACUCUAUUUCAUCGACUGGCAUCGACUCAUCCAAGCUACCUGAGCUUUCACAAGUCUACAGUAGCGAAGAUCUGGAGAGGUGGAAGGCCGAGCUGCCAGUGUUCUCUUUUGAUGGACCGAUGCCGAGCUGGAUGGAGGAAGCGUUGGCCCAAAUGGGUCCCGCUGGUGAAGCGAUGGCGGAGAAGAUGAAGUCCAAUGCUACCGGUGGUCCCAGUGGUUCUGAUGGAGCGAGAUAA